CAACAUCCUCGACCCUCGCCUUUGAAAAAAAGGAAAUUAAUGGCGAAAUAUUGGCUCAAAUGAAAAUGAGAAAUUGAUAGGACGAAAUAGAGAAUCGGAUGGUUGUUGAGGGGCGAAGCAGCGCCGAAUUCGCCGAACCCCGAUCGUCCGCCGAGCCGCCGACCACGCGAAUCGACCCUCAACCGGCCCCGAGUGAUUCGCACGCCGAAAUGGGCCCGCCCGCCGACGGCUGUGCCGAUUAGAGCGAGGGUCGUCGAGUCGCCGGCUCUCUCUCCGCCCUGUCAGGCGCCAUGUUGAGCAGGCCAGCCCUUAAAGGGCUUCUCUGGCCGCUGGCCCUCCUGGCCUUCCUCUUGUUCCCAGCCUCAGCAGACUCGGACACUUUCGAGCAGGACAUUCACUUCAAAGCGGCUGAGCCAGUGACUCUGGGCAGCAACGCAACCUUCAUCUGCACCACCUACGAACCUGAGUCUGAACUCGCAUGGGAAAGGGGUGAAGAUGGUCCUGAGCUCCAGUCGAACAAAAAGCACAUUAUUAUCAACGACUUCAAUGAAGAGGAGCCAAAGCGGUCGACCGUCCUGACGAUCACCAAGGUUUCCUUCGAGGACGAGGGCAAGUACGUCUGCAGAUCAAAGUUGGACAACCAAACUCGAAUUGGAAACCUGACCGUAUUUGUGGAGCCCGUCAUCCUGGUUGACGCUGUGGUCAAGGUCAGGGCCAACGAAACUGCCAAACUGGCGUGUCACAUCAAGGGCUACCCUAUUUACUUCGUCCAAUGGCGCCUUGACGGACUUGAAGAAAUUUUAAAUGGCUCAGAAGUGACGCAGCAAAACAAGACGCACUGGACCUCUCAUUUGAAUGUGGCAUCUCGGGCCAAAGGGUCUGACAAUGGCACUUACCUUUGCGAGGCUGGAACCCUGAACAACCAAGUUGCCUCAUCUCCUGUUACCUUACUGGUGCUAGACAAGCCUCAUUUGGCAUUUUCGCAUGUCAAGGCAAUCGGAAGCAAGCGAAUUUUUGUCAACUGGACCGUGAACCACGGCAACAUGCCAAUCGAGACGUACCACUUGAAGUACACCCAGGCUGAAGACAAAGGCUGGCAAUAUGCUAGCAAGAAGGUCGAGGUCAACGACACAAGUUUUGUGCUGGACGGUCUAGAGCCUAACAAGCCCUACCGCAUCCAGCUUGAGGCCAAGAACAGCAUUGGCCACGGUUUUGCUCACUUCCGAUCUCCAAUCAAAACUCUCAAAGAGGAUCCUGUUUUCGUUCCGGACGCUUCCGUUUCGGGGAACGGGGGUACCUCCCUUACUCUCAAGUGGAACUCGCCACCGCAAAAAAUGCAAGACUUCAUUCACUAUUACAAAGUGGAGUUAAUGAAUGAAAAAGUGAACAUGAUGGCGGUCAAGAUGGCUGAACACAGCAGUCAACACAUCUUCCACAUGCUGCAGAACCUCGAGCCGGCCACCACUUACUCUCUCAGGGUAGCAGCGUGCAGCGAGUACACGAAAGAAUGCUUUGACUGGUCGAAACUGGUUGAGGGCAAAACUAUGGACUUGCCUCCUGGGCCAGUGUCGGACUUGACAGUGUCCUGCAAACACGACAACGUCAGCAAGAGCAGCGUUGUCUUUGUGUCUUGGGCAGAACCAAAAGAUCCUCGUGGCAACAUCACCAGAUACUAUCUGGAAAUCCAGGGUUCAGCCACAUUUUUAAACGAGCGGGGUAUUAUAGUAAGUGACACGUUUGGACCAAAGUCUAAGAGCGUUGAGCGAAAGGAUGCCACAUUCGAAAAUUUACCUUCGAACACAAACUAUUCGGUGAAGGUUGUGGGUGUCAAUACGUACCGAAUGAGAGGUGACGAGGCCAAGAUGGAGUGCCAGAUGCCACCGACGGUUCCUGACAAAGACAAGACGACGUCCUUUAACUGGGGUGUCAUUGAGGACGGAAAGUUUGGCUACGUGCUACAGCUCUUUACUUCAAGGAUCACUGAACGCAAUGGUGCCAUUUGCUGCUACAGGGUCAUUGUGGUCAAACUUGGAGCUAACGAGAAGGUUGUUGAUCUGCCACCUCCUGAAAACACAGUUCUUUCCUCAUAUGACGAGGUCCGUCUGAGUGAGAGGGGUGGUGCUUAUGUGGCUGAGGCGGUAGACAGCGGCUCCCUGAAGCCAUCCACCUUCAUUGGCGACGGAAGUCUGAAGAGCGCUGAUGGUGAAAUGAUGUGUCGAGCGUGCUUCCGUGAACCAGAAGUCAUUCCCGAAACCACCACCGUUCCGCCUGCGCCGUCACCAAACAACACAACCUCGCCACUGCUUUCUGCCCUGGUUGGCAAGAAAGAGAGGGUAGUCACCAUUGCUGAACUCUUUCCUACACAUGUCCAGGAUGGUCCGCUUGACAUCGACAGUCAGUACACAGGGUUCAUGCAAAUCAUAGUCCACGGCCCAGACAACACAAUGCUGCAGACUUUCAGCAAUUACUUCACUGCAAUUCGGCCCAACAGCCAUGUGAUUGUGGCUGACACACAUACGGACAUACUUUCGUUAGCCCUGAACAUCACAAUGGCAUUGCUAGUCUUGGUGCUAAUCCUGCUGCUCUCCAUUUGUCUAGUCACCAGAUACUCGAAGAGCAUUGCCGACCAGCAGGGUGUCGAGCUCUCACUUCGAGAGUCAUUCAGAGCCGUGUUGUGUAACAAGGGCUACUCAGAAGUCGAGAUGGUGUGUGGCAGGCAUUUGUGCCAGAGUCUUCGUUCGGGCGGCGGCAACGGACGCGUGCCGGUCAUCAGCAACCCUCCGGACAUGACGCCCAUUCUGCGUGAUGACAUGCCAUCGGCAUAUCAGGAAAGGCACAAGGAUUCAGACUAUGGAUUCCAACAUGAGUUUGAGCUCUUACCAGACCGUUUCUCGGAUCGUACAACCAAGGCCUCGGAAUCGCGUGAAAAUCUGUAUAAAAAUCGGUAUCCAGACAUCAAGUCGUACGACCAGACGAGAGUCAAACUGGCGCAGGUGGAAGGCGUGACUGGCUCGGACUACAUCAACGCCAAUUUUGUUAUCGGCUACAAGGAGAGGAAAAAGUUCAUUUGCGCGCAGGGACCCAUGGAGAACACGGUCAGUGACUUCUGGAAGAUGAUUUGGGAGCAGCAUUUGGAACUGGUGCUCAUGUUGACCAACCUCGAGGAGUACAGCAAGACCAAGUGCUACAAGUACUGGCCCGACGAAGGGGAAAAGGUUUUCGGAGACAUCACCGUUGUCCAUGUUCAAGAAAAGAGAUACUCUGAUUACAUUGUGCGUGAGCUGAAAAUUAACCAGGGGAGUGAGGAAGGUGACGAGCGCAGCAUUGUGCAGUACCAUUACUUGGCCUGGAAGGAUUUCAUGGCGCCGGAGCAUCCGAACGGCAUCCUCAAGUUCAUCAAGAGGAUGAAUGAGGUGUACUCGCUGGAGAAGGGACCCAUUUUGAUCCACUGCAGUGCUGGGGUCGGCCGCACCGGCACUCUGGUCGCACUCGACUCGCUGCUGCAGCAGAUCCAGGAGGAGGGAGAGGUGUCCGUGUUCAACACGGUGUGCGAUCUGCGCCACCAACGCAACUUCCUCGUCCAGAACCUCAAGCAGUACAUCUUUGUGUACCGAGCGCUGGUCGAGUUCUCGCAGUUCGGCGACACCGAGUGCAAGGUGACCAAGUUCAAGGUUGAACUGGAGAAGAAAAAGGUUGUCGAGACUGGCAAGACCAAGUGUCCUCUUGAGGAAGAAUAUGAGAAGGUGCAGCGUUUGAACGAAGAGCCAAAGGUGUGCACCAUCGCCAGCGGUGAGGAAAACAAAUCAAAAAAUCGUUCCGAGACAAUUCUGCCAUACGACCGGAACAGAGUCAUCCUAACACCCAUGCCAGCUCGUGAGCACUCAACCUACAUUAAUGCAUCAUUCAUCGAGGGCUAUGACAACUCGGAGUCAUUCAUCAUCACGCAGGACCCUCUGGAGGGGACGAUCGCUGACUUUUGGCGCAUGCUUUCCGAGCAGGGCAUUUCAACGCUAGUGAUGCUGUCGGACCUGAAGGAAGGCACCACCAAGUGUCCUCGCUACUGGCCCGACGACGAAAUCAGCCACAACCACAUUAAAGUCAAGUACAGUCAGAGUGAAAGUGGCCCUUAUUUCACCAAGAGGGAGUUCAACGUCACUAAUUGCAAGACUGACGAGAGUAUAAAUGUGACCCAAUUUCAAUACAACGGCUGGCCCACUGCGGAUGGUGAAAUGCCUUCCGUCGCCAGGGGGUUGACUGACCUUGUUGAUCACGUUCUGUCUCACCACGAAGCCGAUGGUAGUUCUGGACCCAUUGCUGUCCACUGCCACCUUGGUGUGGAUCGAAGUGCAAUUUUUGUUGCCCUGGCCAUCCUGAUCCAGCAAAUUCAAACUGAGAAGAGAGUGGACAUUUUGUCUGUCGUCCGAAAACUUCGUUGCCAAAGACAGGGCAUGCUUGAUAGCUAUGCCCAGUACGAAUUUUUGCACCGAGCUGUAAUGACGUACAUCGACCUGCACCACCUAGCCGCUGAGGACACCUAAGUCUGUGCAGCUUACCCCGAACUGAUGUGUUCCUGGUCGGAAUGAGAAGAAAAAGCAAACGGUGCAAAAAUCAAAAGGAAGCGGCGUGCAAGGCCGGCAUUUUUAAUGCAUUUUUUACGUACUGGAUAAGAAUACAAUUUGACAGAAGCUAAAAUAGAGCAUUGUGUAUAAAAAGAAACAAUGAAACACUGUCUCCUGUGUAUAUUGCGUAUAAUAAUAGGCAGUGACGUGUCUGUCUCAUCUCGAUUAAAUAAUAUUCCGACUUGCUUUUUGGCACUUCGAUUUUGAUACUUUGUGAUUCCAGGUAAGAUAAUAUACAUAUAUAAUUAUAUUUGUAUGAUUUAACAUGACAAACCAAUACCUACUGUCUGUCAAUGACUACCCAUGUGGCAUUUUUCUAAUGUUAAUACUUUACAAAGACUCAGUCAGAUUUUGAGACUUUUGUCGCUUGAACUGAGCGGCAAGCUUUUUUACGCAUUUUCCGUUUCGGUCUCAAACAAUUGUGUUUCUCGAGAUGGCCAUUCAAAUUGUUUGCACACGAUCAUGUGUGCUGAACUUGUCUACUCAAAUAAAGUAAGCUUACACUUCAA